AUUCUAGGCUACAGCUCAACAGCUAAGAACAAAUAAUGCUUUACUCUCAAACUCACAAAUGACAUAAAAAUAUUUUUUUUUCUGCAUUUCUUUCAUCAUGUCGGGACGUCCAUGUGAACCGAGCGGCUACACAGUCACUGUCUGUCAACACCAUUGAUACAGGAAGCCAGGAAAUACAAAGUUUCUUCUCCCUCCCCUCCCCUUCGUAUUUUGGGAUGUGCGCUCGAUGGUUUAAAGUCAUCAGACCAAAGAGGCGCAUAUGAGCUUCUGCCGACCGACAGACAUGGACUGGAUGUCGGCUUUACCCGAGGAGCUGUGGGACACCUCUCUGACGGAGCUGGCGAUACCUGGGAGCCAUGAUGUCAUGAGCUACUGCCUGGACAUUAACUCCCCACUGGUCAGGUCUGAGUCCGACUUUUUCCGGCUCCUGGAUGGACUUUUCUACUGCUUCACAAGGCCCCUCAUUUUUAAAUGGGCCACCACGCAGGACAAAAGCAUCGAGGAACAGCUCUCCAUGGGGAUUAGAUACUUUGAUCUGCGCGUCGCGCACAAACCCAACGACUCCUCCAGCGACCUGCACUUCACACACGUCAUAUACACAUAUGUGACAGUUCUGGAGACACUUGUCUAUGUGGCCGACUGGCUCAAGUCUCACCCGAAGGAGAUCGUUAUCCUCGCUUGCCGGCAUUUUGAGGGAAUUGAUGACAUACGCCAUGAAUCAUUCAUUUUCUCCCUGAAGAAGCUGUUCGGCUCUAAACUGUGUCCCCGCAAGGAAUCCGUCCUGACCUUGCGGAGUCUGUGGGCAGCUGGUUACCAGGUCAUCCUGUCCUAUGACGACCAGAUCGCAGCGCGACAUGAGGAGCUGUGGCCAGCCAUCCCUUACUGGUGGGCCAACAAACGCACAGCACAAGGAGUGAUCAGUUACCUGGACUGGAACAAAGACAUGGGACGUCCACAGGGCUUCUUUGUCUCAGGCCUGAACUUGACAGCUGACAAGUCCUACAUCACCAAGAACCGAAAGCAAUCCCUGCGCACGCUGACCUACAGCAACUGGGAUUGUUUAAGUGAAUGGGUGCAGGACCAGAUACCGGGAUCAAAGCCCGAGAGCUUGAACAUCAUUGCUGGAGACUUUGUGGGAUCGCUUCCACUCUGCUCUCUGGUGAUCGAACUGAACCAAAAACUGAUCCGGAAGAGCUCCAGCCAGAUGAAAAAGCAUUAUUAGCCCUUUUUAAUGUGAACGUAUUUCAUCGUACCUCAUUUUGUGUUUUCUUAGCUUCUCUAAAUUUAUUUUUCUCAUUUAAAAGUUUUAAGUCAACAGUUGUGCGGCCGGGACUGCAGGCGGUAGAGGCUGUCCACUGAUCAUGGCUGAUCAUGGGCUGGUGGUUUUGAUCU